CAUGUUGAAGAGUUGGCCAGCAAGCCACGGACGAAUUAACGCUUGCAGUAGUGAGGAGUGGACCGAAAUUUCAACGCGGUGAAUAGUGCCGCUCAGUGCUGUUUUGUGGUUGUGUGCAAAUGUUCGCUGCUCGUUGUUGAUCGUUGAUCCUGUGUACCGCAAUAAAAGAUCGCUUGUGCGUUAAAACGUAUGUUGUUGGUAAAAUAGAAACAAAGUGCCGGUUGAAAACAAAACAAUAACAAAUGUGUAACAAUCUAUAGCGAGCUGGUGUAAACAUAUGAAAUGAAAGCUCCAGGCUGAAAAAAAAAUUCCGAGAAAGCCAAAAUAAAAUUUUUUUUUAAAUAUAACAAAAGCAGCAAAACAAUGCCAAAUAAGUGAUAGCAAGUAGAAAAAGCACAAUGCAAUAGAAAACGGAAAGUAAUCAAAAAAAAAAAACAUAACACGUGAUAAAACUUAAAUAUUCAUAGAAAACUAUUGUUUUUAUUUUGGUUGCAAAGUUUUGCUACCUUUCUAAAAUAAAUCAAUUAGAGCAGCCAAAGAAACUUACAAGAAGAACAACAUCAAAGUGUAUGAAAAGUGCAAGCAGUGAAUUGAGUAAAUCCAGCCACAUACAUAUAAACACAUAAACAAAUAAAUUCUUUGUAGAAAAAUGUGUACGUGCUCCCGCCACUAAAUAUUUUCAUUCAUAUUAUUUGUGCGUCUAUGCAGCGUUCGGAGUCAAAUUGCGUUCAAUGCAAGCACUCACAUACACAUGUGUACAUGUACAUACAUAAGUAGUUACGUCACUGUGUGAAAUCAGCACAUUUAUUUAUUAUUGCCACGGCCAAAAAUUAAAAAAAAAAAAUCACUACAAACUACACAAUAGCUGCGUCGGUGAAUAAAUACAUUUGCAUGUGUAUGCAUUACCUACGUAAAAAAUAUAAACUUAUAUAUAUUUGUGCAUUUAAAACCACAAGUACAUUUUCCACUCCCGAUCGCCUCAACUGUCGACUGUGGGUCUUCGCAUAAAAAAAAGUUCAACUUAUUCACUCAUCUGGGCUUGUGGAUUUCAGUUGCGGUUUUUGGUGUGGUUUGUUGUUGUGGUAUUUUUUUUUUCUAUUUUAUUUCAUUUGGCACUGCACUGCUCACAUCAAUUUAACGGUAAUGACAACACGCGGUAUUCGACGCAAGAAAUCGACUUUGACAGAAUUAAAAAUUGCUGUCGUUGGAGCGCCGAGCGUUGGGAAGAGUGCUUUGAUUGUGCGUUUCCUCACCAAGCGUUAUAUUGGUGAAUAUGAUCAUCAAACAGAAAAUCGAUAUAAACACGAAGCGAUGGUGGAGGGAGAGCCGGUGCUGUUCGAAUUACUAGACACAUGCCCCAAGGCCGAUGACGAACUUCCCAAUGCCGCCGAAUUAUUGCAAUGGGCUGAUGGCCUUCUACUAGUCUACUCCAUAACCGAUCGUAGCUCAUUUAAUUACAUUCGACGCGCAAAAUCAGACCUGCAAUCAGAUACACCCGUUCAGUUGGUGGCUAACAAAGUGGAUAUGGUGCAUUUGCGUCAGGUUAGCCGUGACGAAGGUGAAAUACUAGCCAAAGACUUUGAAUGUAAGUUCAGUGAAGUGUCGGCGGCGGAUCAUGUCGAUCAGGUGGCGGAAGUUUUCCACGACCUGUGCAAGGAAGUGUUGGCGUCGAAGCGAAAAUCGAAACAGAGCCUCUUGGAACGUAUGCUAGGCGGUGCACGACCCUACAGUCGAGGGAAAAGUGAUAGCAAUUUGCCGAAGGACUGAUACUUGUUGCUAACACUAUUUAGUGGAAACUAGAAAGUAGGCAGAAAGCUGUUCGUAUAUAUAAAACUGUUGUAGCAAUGAAUUUAUAAUGUCGCGGUUUUGAGUAAAGUGACACAAUUAUUUAGUUGAUACUUAUAAUUUUAGGAAAAUUGAUAAAUAUUCUACGAAGGGUUUUCUCAAAUGUACUAUUUAUAGUUUGGCAUAUUUUUAUUUUUUUGUAUUUUCUACUGUAUGAAUUUCCGAUUU